ACACACACACACACACACACACACACACACACACACACACACACACACACACAAAUGUGCACACAUAACCUACUACUGUAACACUGCUGAAUUUCAAACAGCAGUAUUUCAACUGUUGAAAAGAUUAGUCUCAGACAGUGGGGGUGUGUACCACUGUACAGAGAUGUGAGAAGGAGGAGUCUUACAGUGGCGUUUGGGUACUCAUGAAGAACAACUGCAGAGUUGUCAUGUGUGGACUCUUUCACAGCUGUGAAAUCAAUUCUUUUUCACACAAUUAUGACCAUGUGCAGCCUUCUCCUUUUGCUUUUCACACUGAUAGGUGACAGUUUUCAAGAUGACAUCACUCCAGCCUCUACAGAACUUCUUGUGUCAGAGGGAGAAACAGCUUCUCUCUCGUGCAACUACAAUGUUUCUGUGAGUGUGAACAAUCUGCAGUGGUAUCGCCAGAAUCCAGGAUCUAAACCAGAAUUCAUCAUCAUGUUGUAUGAAUACAGAGACAAUGAAUUGGAAUCAGCUCCUCUUCAUCCUCGAGCCUCUGGUAAAGUGAAUAAAGGCUCUAAACAGGUUCAUCUGAAUAUCUCAUCUGCUGAAGUAUCAGAUUCUGCUGUCUACUACUGCGCUCUGGAGCCCACAGUGACAGGAACACUAACUUCACUGUACAAAAACUCAAACAACAUUAACUGUAAGAGUGUUGGAAACUAUAUUACUCCAGUCACUACAGUCAAGCAUGCAAUAGAAGGAGAACAUGUUGAGCUCUCCUGCAAGUACGAUGGAACAGACUACAGUCUGCACUGGUAUCCCCAGUUCUCUUACUCAGUACCACGGUUUCUCAUUCUGGAAUAUCGAGGCUACAUAACCAAUGCAACUCCUCCUGUUCCUGGGUUAUCAAUCAAACAUGACAAGACAGCAAAGCAAGUUUCUCUGGAGAUCUCAUCUGCUGAAGUCUCAGACUCUGCUGUCUACUACUGUGCCCUGCAGCCCACAGUGUCAGGAAACCCAGCUGCACUCAACAAAAACCCUCACAGCUAA